AUGCCAGCUUGUAUCAGACUCGGAAUCGAGGCUGCAGCCGAUACCCAAAGCGCCCUUGCACUGCAGCAUGCACGUCAGAGAUGCGUCAAGAGCGCCGACGGCACGCAGCCUCGCAUCAUGCUCCGUACAUAUCUUGCCCGCUCAACGGCGGCCGCGUUGUUGUUGAGUCGGCAACAGAGGCCAGCCGAUCCUCGUUCUUGGGCGCAGACACAGCGAUAUGCUCGACGGAGAGCACUUGAGGGUCUGGAAACGGAGACGGGCGCCGCCAUGCGACUGCGUGGUACGCGGCUCAAUGCUUCAUGCGACUAUCCUACCGAUACGCAUCUCACAUUUGCUGUGUCUAGGCAAUGGUGGACCUCGGCACAUCGAAUCGAGUCUGUUGUAGCCGCAACUGCUGCCAAAGGCGUACCCAGCGGUAUCUUUACUCCUUCCAGCGCAGAGAAGCAAAAGAGGACACUCCACGUGCUCGACUUGAAAGUUGUAAGACCACUGGCUUAG